AGAGUCAGAGCCUCAAGACUGCAACGUGUCCUGAGUCAGAGUGAUUCCUGGGAGUCAGUAACAGCAGUUCACUGACAUUAUUGGCACCUCACUGACAUUAUUGGCACCUCACUGGCAUUGGCACCUCUGGCAUUGGCACCUCACUGGUUCAGCAUUGGCACCACCCUGGAAUAAGUUCCCUGCACUAUGGAGAACUGUAAGAACGGCUGUCACAAUGGGACGAGCUGCAGUGACGGAGAGACAAAUCACACAGUCAUUGACUCCUUCAAGGCUUCUGAUUUAAUUAUCGAGCGGGUCACCUCCUCCAAAGAAAAGCCUGAUCCAAGCAAGCUGGUUUUUGGUACAGUGUUCACGGAUCACAUGCUAUGCAUUGAAUGGUCGCUGGAGAAGGGUUGGCAGAAACCCAACAUCAAACCAUUCCAGAACCUGUCUCUGCAUCCCGCAUGCUCAGCCCUGCACUACGCAAUUGAAUUGUUUGAGGGGCUGAAGGCAUAUCGAGGGGAAGAUGGGAAGAUCCGUUUAUUUCGGCCAAAGCUGAACAUGGAACGAAUGCUGCGCUCAUCUGUGAGAGCGACGCUGCCUUCUUUUGAUAAGAAUGAGUUUUUACAAUGCAUCAUGAAACUGAUAGAAGUGGACAAUGAGUGGGUGCCGCACUCAACUUCCGCCAGUUUGUACAUUCGCCCAACUUUCAUUGGUACUGAGCCUUCUCUCGGAGUGAAGAAGCCAUCCAAGGCUUUGCUAUUUGUCAUCCUCAGCCCAGUUGGACCUUAUUUUUCAGGUGGAUCUUUCAGUCCAGUUUCAUUAUGGGCUGAACCUAAAUAUGUUAGAGCUUGGAAAGGUGGAACUGGAGACUGCAAAAUGGGAGGGAACUAUGGUUCAUCUAUCUUUGCUCAGUACGAGGCCGUGGAUGUGGGGUGUCAGCAGGUGCUGUGGCUCUACGGAGAGGAUCAUCAGAUCACAGAGGUUGGGACCAUGAAUCUGUUCUUGUACUGGAUAAACGAGGAUGGAGAGGAAGAGCUUGCGACUCCACCACUAGAUGGCAUUAUUCUUCCUGGAGUAACACGACAGAGCAUAUUAGAUCUGGCGCGCAAGUGGGGAGAAUUUAAGGUAUCCGAACGUUAUCUGACCAUGACGGAUCUGAUUACAGCACUGAAGGAAGCUCGUGUAAAGGAAAUGUUUGGUUCUGGCACAGCUUGUGUUGUUUGUCCAGUUUCCAAAAUACGCUACAAAAAUGAGAUUCUCAAUAUACCAACUAUGGAGAAUGGACCCAAGAUGGCUGAACGUUUUCUAAAAAAAAUGGCUGAUAUCCAGUAUGGAAGAGAAGAAAGUGACUGGGCUCCUCUCAUUCCGACUUCCUAAGCCCUGACCUUCAUCUUGACAUGAGGAAGAUUUCAGUAGUGUUACGUAGAUCUCAUGGUGUAUCUCCAUGGGUGAUCUGUAAUUGUAAUUUCUUUAUCAUUUCCAUCAGAACUCAAUGUUCCACAAGAUUUACACAAAUAUUUGUGUUUGUGAUUUAAUACUAGAAAUAUUACCAGCUCUUUACUGUAUUGUCUUUUUGAUUGGUAUCACCUUGGUUUGCCUUCCUCUAAUCCUUAAAGGAAUUUUACUAAAUGUGACAUUCACUCCCCAGUAUGACCACUCGUCUAGUUUCUCCAAAAGUGAAAAGUGGUUUAGUAUCAUGUGAUAUAUGCACAUCUAUUUUUCAUUAUCAUCCCCAUGUAUAAGUAGGAUUAUUCAACAAAGUAUUUGCAACCUUUUAAUUUCAAAUUAUUCUCAGAAAAGAAACGGUAAUCACUCAGGUCUCAGGAAUUUCCCUGGGCAAUGACUAAGUUCUCUAAUCAGAAGACAAGAGCGCAGGUUUUAUCUCAGACGCCUGUCUUCUGUUAGCGCAGUGCAAUCAGUAUGAAGGUUUGAUACAGAUCACGUCUCUCUUUUUUUUUUUUUAACACGGUUGUAUUACACUCCAUAUUGUUUUAUAACAGUGAUUUUCCUAAUGUAGAUCUCUUGUGACGUACAGAACUGUUUUUUGUUUUUGUAAAUUAUGUCUAAAAUAGCACAAUCAGAUUUUAAAAUGUCGUCGUUACGUUGCCAAAAUAGUACAAGCUAAUUGUAUUUAAAUUUAACAUUGAUGACAGUUUUUUUGUAGAAGAAAAAAGCACAAGUGUAAGAUAAGCCCAAUUCUAAGGGUUAGUGUAUUAUGUAUCUACUAAAAAUCACUGAAUAGCUCAAAAAGUGAAAAAGUGGGAACUGAUUAAAAAUUAUUAAAAGAACAUAAUAGUUAUAAAAUCAUAAAAUUAUCUUAUUUGUCCUGUGUUAACAAUUACUGAAAAUAUAAAAGAGGAGAACUCUCUAAAUGUCUGCCUUAUGGUUUGUUCGGUCUUCCUGUCUAUUAUGGAAUAAUUGCGCCAACAUCACAGAGACAUGUGGUUCACCUUAUGAAGAAAUGAAAAGUCUUCUAAGCAUUUUGCUGGUAGAGAAGGUUGCAAGGUAUUGCUAUGAAAUAUGCUGUGACCCACUUCAGCAGCUGAGGGUUAACUGUACGAAAUUAAAUAACUAUCUAUUGGAUUUGCCAAAUUGUUGAAAUUUCAGUCUGUACUUGUGUAAAUCUUUCUUUAGGGACAUACCUUCCAAUAAAGAAGAAUGUAUUGCACUCCAUGAGGCCCAUUUAUCAAGCUCUGUAUGGAGCUUGUGAGCCCGUGUUUCUGGCGAGUCUUCAGACACGCCAGAAACAGCAGUUAUGAAGCAGCGUCUAAAGACCGCUGCUGCAUAACCCUGUCCGCCUACUCUGAGCAGGCAGACAGAGAUCACCGGAAUUCAACCCGAUUGAGUACGAUCGGGUUGAUUGACACCUCCCUGAUGGCGGCCGAUUGGCCGCGAGUCAGCAGGGGGCAGCGUUGCACCAGCAGCUCUUGUGAGCUGCUGGUACAAUGCUGAAUACGGAGAGCGUAUUGCUCUCCGCAUUCAGCGAGGUCUUGCGGACCUGAUCCGCACUGUCGGAUCAGGUCCGCAAGACCUUUGAUAAUUCAGCCUCCAUAUCUGUCCCUAAAUGGCAUCUGCAGAGGUUAAAUGAUAAUGCAAACAAUGCAUGCUUUGCCAACAGAAUGAUAGUGGCUAGCCUUGUUCCAUUUCAGUAACAAGUCCAAACUGCCUUCUCCAGAUAAGGAAAGUCGUAGAGGGAGUUUGGCAGUUGGAAAACAGGGGGUUGAUGUAUUCACAGCCUCCACAAUUGACUGAUAUGUUAAGAUAGCAGAAAAGUCUUGUAAUCACAAGGGGAUUUAAAGACAUGAGCUAUAAUUCAUAUUUCAUUAUUCUUUGGCAAAAUGAUUGACAAAGUUACCUGCCAUUUACGUCAUUCAUGCAGUUCCUACUCCAGAUAAAUUUCAACAGAAGUGCGACUUAAAUAUCUGUACUUACAAAACAAAUAACAAAAUACAAAUGAUUGCACUUUUGUUGAUGUAUGUCCCUUUAAUGCAAGGGGUCCUCACCGGAUGAGGUUAGCAACUGUUAUGUAACAGUAAAAAGUAUUACACCUAGUUGUUUGUUUAUAUACUGAUUCAUUCUACAAGUGAAAAACAUGUUUUUGUGAUUUAUUUACACUUGUUCAUGGUGUGAAUAUAUUUACAAUACUUGACUCAAUCUCCGGUUUAAACUGACACCAAAUCUACAUCUUUUAUGUUCGCUUUAUUACUAACCCAGUAAAUAUAUCAGAAACCAAAGUUACCACUAUAACACUUUGUGAAUGUAGACGCAAUGGCUUCGGAAAAUGACUAAUAACCAGUCAAAUAAUUUAAAGUGAUGCAAUGUUUAAUAGGUCAAAAUUUGCCAAAACAUGUUCAACUGCAGGGAAAUACUCUGGUGACAUCAGCAAUAGUAACAAAAGCUAAGUAUAUAUGUGUGUGAAUAUCUCUUCAUAUACUCUUCAGAUUCUGUAAAGCCUCAGGAAAGGAAGUCUAUUCCUCAUAUUUAAUUGUACGCAAUAUGCGUGUUCGUAUCAUUAUCAUCUAUAGUUGUGUUAAAUGGCCCAAUAAAUGUUAACGGCUAGAAAUAGCGAAAACAUUAAAUACAACUUGCAAAACGGGACCUGUAAGUGUGCAUAAAUGUUAUUUUAAUGUAGUCUCUAUGGAUACAACAGAAUUUGCAGUUCUGAUAAAGGGGAUGACGGUGGGCAUUCUACGGUUUUCUCAAGGCGUGAUGGGCAUUUGUCACCUAAACAGUUCUGUUGGUAUCUUUUGUUAAAAAGCAGAAACGUAAAAAGUAGUGCCUAUCUAGGUAUCUCUUCAACAAAGAAUACCAUGAGAACAAAGGUAAUAGAUACAAGAAGUAAAUUGGAAGCUAACUUAGUAGCGUAUCUCACCACUGGCCAAGCUGACAAGAGACGAACUAGAUUAUAUGAAAAUAGGCCAAUAAAUAUGAUAAUCAUACAAAAUAUUAGGCUUCUUAGCAGUAAGCUUUGGAGAACAAAACUGGAAAACCAAAAAGAAAGAUCCACUACACUGCCGAAAUAUUUCAUGUACAUUUACGCACAGUAGGUGUUAGUCUCAGAUAUUUUGCUUUGAUAUAAGGUGGGUAACGGGUCUGCUGUAAUUAUCUGACCAUGUGACAUGAUGUUCAAAGCUGGCAAUAAACUUUAUUUUUUGUACAGUUUAUACUUUUUUAGAGAUAUAUUUAUGUCACUUGAAAGUCUUAAAAACGUCUUCAGCUAAUAAAACGGACAUUCUGAUGCUUAAAUAAAAUUCUGUAAUUUCUUAGAGUAUUUUAUUUUGGCACUAGCAUCCCUCGCUAAGGUGUUAAACACAUAGAUAAAUACCAGCAUAUGUUGCUCAUUAUUGGCCCCUUGGCCAGAACCAUGCUCAGUCAAUUUAAUAAAUGCCUCUUUAAUAAACUGAUUUGUGUGCCUGAUCCAAUUUAAUGCAGUGUCUAAAAUGCUUUAUAUGAUCAGAUUUCUCUGUGUUUUCUCAAAUGUCUUUUUAAAGGGACAUGAAACCAUUUUUUUUCAUGAUUCAGAUACAGCAGCAAUUUCAAGCAACUUUCUAAUUUACUCCUUUUAUCAAUUUUUCUUCGUUCUCUUGGUAUCUUUAUUUGAAUGUAAACUUAGGAGCCGGCCCAUUUUUGGCUCAGCACCUGGGUAGCGCUUGCUGAUUGGUGGCUACCUUUAGACACCAAUCAGCAAGUGCUACCCAGGUUCUGAACCAAAAAUGGGUCGGCUCCUAAGCUUAAUUCCUGCUUUUCAAAUAAAGAUUCCAAGAGAACAAAGACAAAUUGAUAAUAGGAGUACAUUUUAAAGUUGCCUAUCUGAAUCGUGAAAGAAAACAAUUGGGUUUUAUAUCCCUUUAAUUAACUAAUAAGUAGUAUAACUGUGAUGUUACUGUGCUGCUAUUUAGAUAUGAUCUGUGCUGGAUAUCAUGAUUUCUAUAACUGUUGCACAUAAUCAGUCGCCAAAUGAUCCUGCCACGCUCAACAGCACAAAACAGGACCUUUAUUUUUUGUGUAUUAGGGUUAUAGCCUUCAGCAUAUUACAGUUCUGCUCUCAUCUGAUGGAGUAAACACAGAGUGCAAUCUGUACGCUCAGUACAAUCUGAUGUAAAUGAAUGUGAUGCUUAUGGUCUAGUAAAUAUUUCAGAUACCACUGUGUAGUUUAAUCAGCACUUGCAUUAUCAUAAUAAACAGUAUUUCAAACAAUAAA